AAGGCGAGGCCGGGCUGCCGCGGCUGCUUUCGCUUUCGGUGCGCCUGGAAGAGACGGGGUGGCGGCGAUGGCGCUGCAGGACGUGUGCGGGCUGUCGGGCGGCCCGGCCGGGGAGUGGGGCUGCAGCGCGCCCGGGGCUGCUUGGGCGGCGUCGGGCGGCGUCGGGCAUUACGCCUUCGGGGCGCGGAAGGCCCGCAUCGCCGUGCCCCGCGGCAGGCAGCCAUCUGAGUUCUUGCAGACCCACUGCAAUGGCAGUGAAGACGGGCACCGGAUCGAGCUUGCGCAUGGCACCACCACCCUAGCAUUUACUUUCCAGCAUGGGGUCAUUGUGGCCACGGACUCCCGGGCAUCGGCUGGCAAAUAUAUCUCCACUCUGCUUUUUAACAAGGUGAUUGAGAUCAAUCCUUACCUCCUGGGCACCAUGUCUGGAAGUGCCGCGGACUGCCAGUACUGGGAGCGGCUCCUUGCCAAACACUGCAGGCUGUAUUACCUGCGCAACAAGGAACGGAUCAGCGUCUCGGCUGCCUCCAAGCUGCUGGCCAACAUGCUGGCAGAGUACCGGGGCAUGGGGCUCUCGGUGGGCAGCAUGCUGUGCGGGUGGGACAAAAAGGGCCCUGGUCUUUACUACAUAGACGACAACGGGGUACGCCUGUCGGGGCCUCUCUUUUCUACGGGAAGUGGAAACUCGUAUGCUUACGGCGUGCUGGACACUGGAUACAGCCCUGAUCUCAGCGUGGAGGAAGCCUACGACCUCGGCAGGCGGGCCAUCUCUUACGCCACCCACCGUGAUGCCUACUCUGGCGGGGUGGUCAACAUGUAUCAUAUGAAGGAAGACGGCUGGAUCCGGGUUGGACGCACCGAUGUCUCCCUGCUGCUUGACCAGUACGCAGAGGCCAAGAAAUGAGAGAGAACGGACCAAGAACCGUACACGUCAGGUUCUUUACGCUCAGGGCAAAGGAGAAAAGGGACUGGUGCCCCGUGAUGACGGGGGCCACAAUAAAGAGACCUUGA